UUCCACGCUUACCACCUGAGAUACGCUUGGCGAUUUGGAACUUUUCUAUUGUUGCGUAUCUUUCCAACCCAGCUAUAUGCGUGUAUAGACCCGAAUUAUUAAUACGGUCCUCUACGAGAGAGUUUCCCACUAGCCGAGAGAUUUCGUUACCGAUGCCGGCCUUAUGCAAACUUGUCAAGAGUCUCGGUCCGCUAUGCAAAAAUCAACCAUUGCCAUGUUUGAUAUUGAUCAAAAUGGGGCUUGGCUUAAUCCUCGCCGCGGAUUCUGCCCCAACGUCGAUAUUCUCUGCGUUGGCUUCUUUGAUCUUUUGUGCAUAACCGGACACAACGCAAUGCGAUUCAUCGGGCCAAACGUUCACCAUUCGGUAGAGGGGGAAGGGCUCUUCACAGGCCGCAAACAAGGGCCAAUCCGUUGUGACACCUGUGACGAUAGUUGUAAUGGAUUCAGAUCAAGACUGUUUGCCAAAAUAUGGAGUUUAAACGAAACCAUACCGAUGAGAUUCGGAGAGAUUCCAGAGUUUAUACUUCUUUUUUGCCCUGUCGCCGAGGAACAUGGCUCCGCUAGACAGACGGCUAUAUUGUCAGUGACAACGUUGCCAAGAGCUUGCUUGUUCAGAAAGAUGUCUAAAGAUCCGGUGUUGAUUAUUGGCGGAGAUAACUCGGAGUGGAAGUUUGCUGUCCCCGAUUUUGAAUUCUAUGUUCUUCCACGAGGACGCUGGCCUGCCUGAUCUUACUGCUGUCCUUUCUGUAUCUUCUAUUCAUAAAUAUGUGUUUUUAUAAGACUCAUCGAGUUAUCAUAACACUGAAAACAAUCAAUCAAUCUGCAAG